AUGUCCACAAACAAACUUCCAGCAACGCCAAAGUAUUCCAAUACAAUAGGCAAUCAACAACAACAGCAUCUGAGUAGAAGUGCAUCAUCAAACACAUUGGCAGCACCAACUCAAACACAAACUCAAACACCAACACCAAUAACACCAUUGUUACCAAAGUCACCUGAUCGCCAAACUCAAUUACAGAGAAACCCAAGCAGUGGAGGACUACUGCAACCUGUUGUACAUUUAUCAAAGUCGUCAUCAUCGACAUCAGUUGGAUCAGUCCAAUCACCAGCGAUCUGUGUGAGUGGCGGCAGCGACACACACCAUAUGCAGACCAACAAUCAUUAUCGACUUGCCAGCUCUGGCUCAUUGCCUCCACGUCCAAACACUACUACCAACGGCAGCAGCAGUAGUAACAGCAGUGGUACAUCAUCCCCAUUGAGCCAAUCACAAAAGGCUCCUGUGCAUAGGAAGCCCUUGCCCAGCAUACCUCAGUCGGCAUCAAGCAACAGUCUGAUGGGCGACGACCAGGGCGAGCAACGCGCCAGCAACACACACAACAGGCCAGUGCCAAAUCCCCCAACAGCAAAGGGCGGAUACGAGCCCCAGCCACCAUCAGCCACGGCACACAUCACAGUUGAUUUGAUUCCUCAUGACUUUGGCGCGGACACAUCGUCGGCACACCCAUCACUGGACCACCUGGCGGCAUUUACAUCAUUGCGCGACCUCAAGGCAAAGGAGAUAUUGACGACAGAGAGGACAUAUUGUGAUAACAUGCGUAUACUUGCCGAGGUAUUCCUGCCGCCACUCAAGUCUGGCGAAGUUGCCAUACCAACAAGAGAGGAGAUCUCCAAGCUAUGUUCUAACAUCUCACACAUACUCUCAUUCUCCAAAGAGCUACUAGAGAGACUAGAAGAGAGACUAGCAGCAUGGUCCACCACACAACGUAUUGGUGAUGUAUUUAAACAAUUAAUACCAUUCCUCAAGAUAUAUACAAACUACACAGUUGGCUAUGAUAACCUUAUGAAUGUAUUAUUGGAACUCGAGAAGAGUUCAAGCUUUGUAUCAUUUCUUCAAAAAUGCUUGGACGAUCCACGAACAAGGAAGAUGGACCUUAGAUCAUAUUUGAUCCAACCAGUCCAGCGUAUAACAAGAUAUCAUAUGUUGUUGGAUGAGCUACUUAAACAUACCAAUCCUACACAUCCUGAUUACCUUGACCUCGAGAAGGCUUUGGCCGAGAUGAAAAAGGUAACCUCAGAGGCCAACGAGGCCAUCAAGAGAAGUGAAGCACGAGCCAAAGUCCUUGAAAUCCAGAAGUUAUUCGUAGGUGAUGUUGACUUGGUCGCACCUCAUAGGUUCUUUGUGUAUGAGGGUGUGUUGACAAAGGUGUGCAGGAAGGCUUGCAAGAAGAGAUUCGUAUUCUUGUUCUCGGAUAUGUUGGUGUACGGCUCGUCCAUCCCACCAAAGUUGCUGAUGCACGAGAAGAUCAAUCUGGAUCAUUGUAGAAUUGAAGAUAUACCAGAUGGAGACAGUGGUGGCAGCAGAUCAAUCUCACUCAAUGGUGCACUCAUCACCAAUGCCUUCCAAAUAUGCAGUGACAAGAAGUCAUUCAUUGUAUUCGCUGACAAUGCCGAGAGCAAGAUGAAGUGGAUGUUAAUGUUGACUCAAAGUAUUGAAGCAAUCCAGACAAAGAAAUCAACAUUGAAAUCAGGUCCUGGAUCAGCAUCAAAGUCGGAAGCACCAGUUUGGGUACCGGAUGAGACAGCCACCAACUGUCCAUUCUGUACCGAAUCGUUCACUUUCAUGAAUAGAAGACAUCACUGCAGGAACUGUGGAGCACUGGUUUGUGGCAAAUGUUCAGAGAAAAAGCUCAAGCUACCAGUAACCGAUUACAAACCAGCUAGAGUGUGUGAUACAUGCUUUGAAAAGGCCAACAACAAUAAUGGUGUUGUUGUCAAUCAAUCAUCUAGCAGCACCAACAACACAAGUACAACAACCACUUCUAGCCAACAACAUCCAAACAACCAACGAUCUUCUGGUUGA